CUCUAUGGUUUGGCCGUUUCGUAUUCAUCGUAAUCUCCGUCUCUUCUUUUCCCCUGUCCCUCUCCUAAGUUCUUCAUUUUCUCUCUCUAAAAAUUUCUGCAAUUUCCUCUGUUCCAGAUCCAAUCCAUGGAGUAUCGAACGCUGGAAGUGAUUCUGCAGUCCGGAAUGGAUCUGAACAAGGUGAAUUUAUUCACUAAGAUGGAUGUAUACGUCGUCGUUUCGAUCUCCGGCGGGGAUGUGAACCAAAUUCAAAAAACAAAGUCGCCGGUGGAUCACGACGGAGAUGCAAACCCUAAUUGGAAUUUUCCGAUGAAAUUCACGAUCGACGAGGCGCUGCUACAGAUGAACCGCCUCGCGCUCAAUUUCAAGCUUAUUUGCCAGCGAGCUUUGGGAGACAAAGACGUCGGCGACGUCACCAUACCGAUUAAGGAGCUUCUCGAUUCGCAAUCGAAGGGCGGCGCCGCCGACGGAAAGAAGACGGCGAGUUACCAAGUCAGGAAGCCGAGCGGAAAGCCUAAAGGUCAGCUCACCUUCUCCUAUAAUUUAAGCGAAAAAUCUACCAGUGCGGCGACGGCGACGGCGGCGGCGCCGCCGCCCUACGGAUCUGCAAUUCCGUUUGCGCCUCAGUCUGGUAAGGCUGAACCCGAACCGGUUACGGCUUAUCCGGCCGGUCCGAGUUCGGGUUAUCCACCGACCGGAGUUUAUCCUCCCCCGGCCGGGUACGCUGGACCGGAAUCCGGCUCGCACUACCCUCCACCACCAGCAUACCCUAAACCCGACGGCGGCGGUUAUUAUCCACCACCACCGCCCGGAGGAUACAGUUACCCACCGCCGCCGCCGCCUGGAUACGGAUAUCCCCAGCCACCGGCACAACCUGGGUAUGGUUACCCUCCUCCGCCGGGUUACGGAUAUGGGCCGCCGGUUCAGCCGGCUCAGCCGAAGAAGAAUAAGUUUGGGGGUUUGGGAUUAGGCGCCGGUCUGCUCGGCGGCGCCAUUGGUGGCCUGCUCGUCGGAGACAUGAUUUCCGAUGCUGCUGAUUUCGACGGCGGGUUUGAUUUCUAAUAACUCUGCAUAAUCCAUACCGGUUUUCGUUCCAUUUUCAAUAAUGAUCUUUCUUUUUCUUUUUUUAAAUCUUCAAAUAUGUUUGGAUUCCAGUUUUUGCAAAUAUGGUGUAAUUUUCUUGCGAAAAUCCUCUUGACUUUCGAUGUUUCUGCUUUGUGAAUUGUGUGAUGAAUUGAUGGGACUAGAAUCAUAGCUGCUUUCAAUUUA